AUGACAACCAAAUACACAACAGAUACAAGAGCCGGGGGUCGAGCCAGAGUCCACAGUCAGGAGCCAGAGAUAGACCAGACAUUUCAGAGUUCCAUUUUAAGAAAAAAAUAUAUCAGGUCACGUGUUGUCAGACUGAGCCCCGACCCUGGCGGAGUGGUGGCACAGGUUGUGCUCACGUUCCUUUUCUCUGCCACUGAUAACAAAGCAGCAUUUCUGGGAAAAAUCGAUAGUGUCCUACAGAAGAAACUAAGUAAAUAUUCUGGGCCUGUGCGAAUAGAUCUUGCAUCUUCUACCAUCUCAGAUAUGAGGCCCGAGAGAGCUGAAACCCUCUUCAGGGACUUCUGCGGGUUACGACAGAAUAGAUCAGCAAAAUCAAAAUCAUCAUCAACAUCAGAAAGAGUAGUCGGAGGGUUGGCUUCUGCAGAGCUUGGGGAUUGGCCGUGGCAAGCGAGUUUACGGCAGAACAACAUCCACCGUUGCGGUGCAACGCUGAUCAGCAACACGUGGCUUCUGUCUGCAGCUCACUGCUUUAGAAAAGCAAAUAACCCACGUAUAUGGACAGUUACCUUUGGAACUCUUUUAAGACCUUCAAGAAUGAAACGCUUUGUCAAAGCUAUUAUUGUCCAUGAAAAGUACCGUUAUCCAGCACACAACUAUGAUAUAGCUGUCGUGAAACUCUCGAAAGGAGUUGAUUUUACGAAUGUUGUACAUCGCGUCUGUCUGCCAGAUCCAUCUCAGAUUUUCCCAUAUAAUUCUGACGCUAUCAUCACAGGCUGGGGAGCACUGAGCGACGAUGGCCCGAGUCCUAAUGUUCUCCGGGAAGCAACAGUGAAACUCAUAGACUCAAACACUUGCAAUAGGAGAGAAGUGUACGAUGGGCUCAUCACACCUGGGAUGUUGUGUGCUGGAUACUUGGAAGGAGGAGUAGAUGCCUGUCAGGGUGACUCUGGUGGCCCACUGGUUAGUCCGGAUUCUAGAGGAAUGUGGUACCUCGUGGGAGUAGUGAGCUGGGGAGAUGAAUGUGCUAAACCAAAUAAGCCGGGAGUCUACACACGAGUGACUUACUAUCGCGACUGGAUCGCCUCAAAAACUGGCCUGUAAUGCAGCAGAAGUCACAACUGGACUAAGCUACACAGGCUGCAUGGAGGCCAUGCUCGUCUGUAACUCUACAAGGUGUCAUUUAAUCCAUAUAUCCCUGCGUCAAUUCCUGUCCAAAGCAAGCACUAGCUUCGCUGCUGGAGAUGCCAUAACCCCUUUGAAUUCACACUGAAUGUGUGAGAUCACCUGCCUCCUCUCCAAGCUCCGAAUCACUCUGGCCUAUUAGAGGAGAGGAAAACAUUCCAUCAGAAUGAAAAAAGCUACUGAUUUAUUUAUUGUACUAGUUAAAAAGUGUAUGUACUUCUCCCAGGAGAGUUACCUGCCCCAAGGUCCGAUGAUUCCCUCAGCCUUGGUACUCUCCUCCUCCUCCUCCACUGGGGCCUAAAGUCUUAGCCACUUUUAUUCUAGCCUGGCAAGCCUGGACAGCUCCUCCUUUCAGAGCCUGUCAGCACAGUCCGCCAGUUACAGGACACUGGUUGCAAUUAAGACUCAGGGCAUUUCCCUCCUGUUGCUGAUAGCAUGGUCUCCCCCACUGCUCCAGAACAUGGAAUGAGGACUAGAAAUAAACCAGAGUAUAUAGCCGGGGUCUCAAACUCAAAUGACCAUGAGGGCCACAUGAGGGCUAGUACAUUGGCCCGAGGGCAGCAUUAC